AUGGUAUCACAGUAUGAUAUUGGGACGGUGGUGAUGCUCAACAGCCUGGAAGGAAAAGAGGUCAGUCUGUGAAUAUAUCUUCUCUCAGCUUUGACUUGAAUUCGAAAAAAAUAUCCCAGGUUGGUGUAUAGCAUUUUUUUUUCUGAGGAGAUCAUUUUACCUGUAAUCACUAUGUGGCAAUGCUACCCUUUUCGCAAUCAGUAUCACCACUAGUAGUUUGCAUGGUCAGAAUUAAACCUGUUUAUCUCGGUAUAGCGAAAAGCUCGUCAGAGUAAUGCUUCCAUCAGCAGCUUCUCGAGUCGUUCAUCGGAGGAUAGAUCAGCUCGAGAGUUUCUAACCUGUCGGUAACAAGGGGCAGGAAAAGGCCAUGCGAGGCUGCGUUCGAUAUCUUGAAGAAGUUCCUUCACAUCGCCAGCCUGCCUGCAAAUAAACAGCAGCGAAAACAACCAAACAAAAACGAUAACAAAGACGGCGACGACGACGAUUAGUAAUGUUUUCUGUUUCAAGUUUGGUCGAAUUUUACAUUUACAUGUAUGUCCUUUGUCGUGAAUUUUAUGAACUACUUUUAGGUCUACCCACAAUACUGGCCUUCUAAAGGAAGUACUAGGUAUGGGAACAUCACUUUAGAGAUGCUUUCAGAAUCUACAGCGAACGGAAUCACGACCAGGAAGAUCAGUAUAGCAAAUACCGAGGUAUUUCUAUCUACCUUUCUAACUUAUUCAUAGAAUGGAUCUGUCACUGUUGUUUAGUUCAUUUUGUUUAGAAUGCCUGUCACGCAUUCUUAUUCGUUUUGAAACUUACCAUGAAUGACAUUAGUUUAGGUUUCUGGGAAACUGCCCACCUACCCCUCCCUUAAGCCAACAUUUUGCCCUACGUGAGAAGUAAGUGUUAACGUUGGAAUAGGGGAAGGGUAGGUGUGCAGUUUCCCAGAAACCUAAAUUGAUCUGUCAAACAAAGUAGGUCUCCCAAGCAUUAAUUAAGCAGUUGUUAGAAACAACAAGAACAGAACUUAAGCCAACAAGUUUUCAAAAACUACAAUUGCUAUUCGUUUCAAUCUUCUUUGAGUUUUUCCGUCUGUGUUUCCUUUUGUAUUUGUUUUGUCAUUUAUACCCUCUUUUAACAUUUUGAACGGUUAUUUUAAUGUUUCACUCAAAUUGGCAGCGGUUCCCACAGUUUGAAUUUUGAUAAAUUUCGUGACACAGCUCCUUUGAGUCCGUAAUUAAGUGUUUUAGCAGUAUAAACAAGUAUUGCUGGUUUAAACGUGACGUCACGGCGGCCAUGUUGGUGGUCAAGAACAAAAGCAUUUUCUCCUCUGGGGAACGAAACUCUAUUUUCAUGUUAAUUCUUCGAGGAAAUAUUCUUUUGUUUUGACCCCAACAUGGCCGCCUUGUCACGUGGUUGCAAACCAAAAAUACGUCACUUCUGUGUAAAUACGCUAACCCGCCCAAAUCUUAGAAAGCUAUAUACCUGAGGCACCUUUAUUUCUUUUAGUCUCUCAUCUGCACGUUAUCUGUUUUCAUUAUCUGCACAUCACUAGUCAGUUGUUACUAUACAGGAUCAAUAGAAGGCAGCAUUCUAGGUGAUUUCGAUGUUAUGAUAAUGUUGCGCAGUUGCACUGGGAGUAUCAUUAUAUACCUAAUUCAAUAAAGGUUGCUUUGGUAAUUGGUCAUUGGUGAUUAGGCAUGGGGUAUUGGAUAUAGAGCGUUUUCACUCACGUGACCAGCAUUUAUGCAAUUUUAUUGGAACAAAAAAGCGUUUACAUAAGAAAAGAGUUCAAUUCCCACAGGACUGGUUUGGAACAACAUCAUGGCCGCCGUGACGUCAUGUGAAAACGCUGUAUACCCAUAUCAUUGCAAUGAUUGGUUUGAGUAACCGCUCCUGGUAACCGCCAAACAAUAGCUUCCCGGGGAGCAAUUGCCCAAUGCCCAAAGCAGCCUUACUGAAUCAGGUAUAUAUCUCAGCGAAAACUUUUCACUUGACGGUUUUUUUAGCCUCCCAAGAAAAAUUCGACGGUUCAGCACCUACAGUUCACUGCCUGGUCAGACCCAAACUCCUGCCCAGAUCCCCAGGAAAUACUUCGUUUAUUGACCGCCGUGCAGAAGUCUCAGCAACAAACAGGAAAUGGAACAAUUGUUUUUCAGUGCAGGUACGAGGGUCAACACUUAUUUGAAUGAGGCAUGGGCAUAUAAAUAAGUAAAUAAAUAAGCUCUUUAUUAAUUUCAAAAAAACGUUCCAAAUAGCCUCAGCCACAGAUUGCUCGGCACCUUUUUGGCAACUGUUGCUAUUUGGAGCAACUUUCUGGCAACUUUUGCCAUUUGGGGCAGAAGAUCUUGAUCCGAGAGGGCAGUAGUUUUAAAUUGCAUUAUUGUACUUCACUGGCUGUCAUUUUGAUUUUAAGGAAAAACUUUUGACCAAUUUUUUAGAAAAGUCGGGCAACUUUUAAAGAAUUUUGGGGCAACGUUUAAGAACAUUUGGAGCAACUUGAGGCUGAGGGUAGUUCCAGAUUACAAUUGACAAUUAGACAAAAUUGACACCUGUUAAUAAAACACCGUUUAAAACGGUACACAGGAACGACCAUGACUCCUUACUAAUCUUGUUUCACUGGGUGGGAGGAGAUCUACCAAAGGGCAGUCAGUAGAAUUUGUAACGCUCCUCCAUAACUAUUAUCUGAGGAGUCUAGAAAGCUUAAAAUCGGCGUGGCCUCCUUGAGAAAGCCAAGACGAACUGCUCUCUCCUGAAACAUCAAUUUAGGAAAGACACUUACUAUAAGUUACUUCGUCCUAACUUUCUCCCUCUUUUCUACCUUCACUUUUAGAAUGGUUUGACCAAAAACAUGUUUCAUAAGAUAAAUUGAAAACAGUUUAUUUUUCUCGAAGAAUUGUAAUAAACUUGAGUAGCGGAAUGUCGUUUGGUUGAGUGGAUUUGGAAGGAUCCUAUAAGUUAGUACCUCAGUCUAAAACAGGCUUAUGAUCAGAGGAUAACUUUGCGAGGGUUUGUAGUGGAUACAUUCCUAGGACAGCUUGCGAGGCAACUGGUGCAUGCUCCAAACUUGCUGAUUUGAAGUUCUUAGCACGGACAGUUGUUGCACUGGGUCAAGAAAACCUACCGUUUUUAGUAAAAUGAGCUCUUUGUUUGCCCAGUCCCAAUGCUUUUCUUGGGACCUGACAUGGCGUAUUUGUAUCACCCGACUUACCACCUGGAAAGAUCCUAUUGCUUCCAUAUUUGGACUAAACAAAUCCUUUUUCUAUUUUUUUUCUACAGCGACGGUGUUGGACGCAGUGGAGUCGCAGCAACCGUAAUGUCCGCGAUUGAAAAACUCAAAAACGAACAAACUGUGGAUGUGUUACAGACGGUCAAUCUGAUUCGCGUAAAAAAGACCCUUUGCUGUUUCAAAUGUGGUAAGAUAAACUGCUUAAAAGUACGAUCUUCGAACCCUCUAGACUUCUUUCUGUAGUUUUGUGUUGUUGUUGUUUUUUGGGGAGGGGAGGGGCGGGGUCUGUUUAACCUUUUCCAGGCGUUCAGAUAGUAGAGCGCGGGCGAAAAAUUAAAGAGGAAAAACAAAAAGAGGGAAGACAAGUCUCCCCUCCUUUUUUUCCCGUCGUUUUCCCAGCGUACGAUUUAACUCUCUCUCUCCACCAUCUGAACGCCGCGCUUUAUUAUCGGAGCGCCUGGAACAUAAAAUAAACUGUACAGGGAAAAGGGAAUGCAUAUAUGAGGAAAUAUGCGCAUCGAGAAAGACUGUGACAGCAUGCUUUAUUUCAUAGUGUUAACAUUAUUUAUAAUCGAUAUUGUUUAUCACUUUUAGGAGCAAUACAUGUUGUGUUACAAGACAAUCCAAGCAUAUUUGGAUUCCUUUGGCGAAUAUGCGAACUUCUCAAAGCGAUAGUCCUCUGGAUUACAAACGGCUUA